GCUGUAUUUACAAGACAUACACAUGAACUCAUGCAGCCAUGCAUGCCGUCACAGCUGCAAGUGAGUCAGCAACACCCACAUGCAUCGAUCUAUUCUAUCUAUGUGUGCAGCCGCCCGUACUGCUCGACUGUCUCCCUCAUGAUCCGCCUAAGCGCCGCAUACAGCUCCUUCUCCACCUCUGCAUGCAACCUCUCCCUCUCAGCCUCCAACUCGCUGUCACCAUCAGCAGGCUCACUCGAUUUCCCGCUGGCUGCCUCCUCCUUGUCCGCCGACGCACUGCCGCCCAUGGAGGGUCUUCCAUCAUCAGCAACAGCACCUGCUGCCGGCUGCCGUUGUGUCGCAUUCGCCGUGUCCUCUAGAUCUGUCCGCGCUUGCUUCACGAGCUUCUGUGAGCCGGCGAUGGCAUGCGGAUCUUGCUGUGUGUGUGGGGCGGUUGGGGCUUCCAGCUGUAGUUGGUCUGCUGUGGUGGUAGUGGUUGUGUCGAUGGUGAGGGUGUUGAACGUUUUGAGUGAGGGGAUGGCCUCAGCGAUCCGCGAGAGGAGGAGGGAGGGGGAGGGCAGGCUGUCCACCAGUGGAUUGUUGCUGAUGCGCAGGUCUGUGACACCUGCAACCAGCCAUUGAAAGAAAGCGCAAGAGAUGGAAUUCUGAGGUCAUCCAUCCAUCCAUAUGUGUGUGGAGUACGGUGUGAUGCCAUUGAUGGGUGUACUGUACCUUUGAGCUUCUGUAGUGGCCUGAGCUGGUCGACGGUGUGGAUCUUGUUGUACGCGAAUGACAGCGACGAGAGGAACUCGAAUGACAUCAAACCGCCUAGACUCGAUUCAGUGCACACCUGCAGUUGACAUGCAUUGAUUGCAACCGACCAUGGUGGAUUGCAAUGCAUUCAGGUGCUAUCUCUGUUGACUGACUGACGUGCUCUAUUUGUAUGUAGUUGAAGCUGAUGCAUCGGACGGUCCCCUGGUACUCGCGCUUGUUCAACGCAUCAAGCGCCCUGACCGAAGCGACACACAUGGAUGGGAUGGGCAACACACGUACGGAUGGCCGGCACAUGGUUGAUGAAUUCAUUGCUGUGUUCACUCACUCACCUCCCGUAGACCAGCAAAUUCGACGCGUCUUCCCGCCUCACGUACCCAUACCUACACCACAGCGGUACUUACAGAGGACAUGGAGAGAGAUUCAGCUAUGCAGCCCUGCCCUACCUCGUGUGGGGCGUCUUGCCUGCCGCCUCCGCCUGAUGCCACAUGGUCCUGAUCUCACUCAACACUUCAUGCCUGUUGAUUCCACAACACAACACAACACAACACACAAGACAGCCGCAGAUCCACUGGCUGGCCCAUACAUGGCAGAUCCACUGGCUGGCCAUCCAUGUAUGGGCGCUUCACCCAAGUGUCCUCCCCUACCGAUUUGGCGAUCUCGUUAUUGCUCCGUCAUCUAUUGAGCCCUCCCUUCGCAGCACAGGCGCGGCGGCAGACGUCGGCCUCCCAGUGGCACAUGGCGUGCUCGACCUACGCACACGAGAGGUGGAUGUGAACAGGGCCGAGAGGGGCAGCGGGGGCUUGGGGCCAAGCGUAGGCCUCUUGGCACUCACAGCCUCCCUCUCCCCAGCAUCGGCAGCCAACGCGGCUCGGCCGCCUUCACUUCUCUCCACCCUCCUGCCGUCCAGCACCUUAAUGUGAGGAUACCUGUCGAUGACCUCGCCUCUGUAUCUGCUCUGAGAGACCCCCUCCUGCAGCGGGUUGCCUUCCAGUGACAGCUCGGUGAGGCACACCAGCAGCGCGACACCCGAAAAGGCGUCGAAGGUCGCCAGGCUGUUGCUGGCGAGGUUGAGGCGCUCGAGGGAGGGGAAGGCCAGCUGGGAAGCAUGCGAUGCGCCGCUGGUGGCGGCCACGUGUGCGAUGUGAUUUCUCUUCAGGUUGAGGUCGAGCAGUGACGGGAAGCGGGCAAGUGGGGGGGUCGUGAGGGCGACGGUGCCCUUGACCUGGUUGGAUGAAAGGUUCAGCACCUCAAGUGAGUCAAGGGGUGGGAUGGCCUCCAGCGACUCGAUGCUGCGAACACACAAUGUGAGGCGGGAAAGAGGGGUGGAUUGGAUGGACACAUCAAUCACAUGUGGAGGUUUAUGUGAUUGAUGUACCUACAGGUUAGCGUGUAGGUCGAUGUUCUUAAGUCGCUUCAGCUUCGUCAGCCCCUCUUCGUUGGGCCGAAUAAGUGUCCGCAGCCGGUUCCUGCCCACCAUGAGCGUCUUGAGGUUUGUCAAAGACUCGACCCCCGACACAUCCGUCAACUGCGAAGGAAAAGGGCGAAAGGUGUGCGAACGAACAAUACCCGUGUGCGUGAUGCGUGUGCGUGCGUCUGCAGGUACCUACCUGAUUGUCGUAGAGGUCGAGGAAUACGAGUGAGGGAAGGGGUGAGAUGCUGAGUGGCGCCACAGAGGUGAUGGCGUUGUGCUGCAGCUGCAGGCAUAUCUCAUCUCCCGUCAACCGUCAUGUAACCGUUGCUGAAUUGGCUUACAUUCAGCAACCGAAGCCGCUCCUCACUCUGGAUCUCAGGACACACCUGCAGGUCACGGUGAGAGAGCUGCACCAAACACACACACACACACACGCAGAACGACACAGAUUGUCAAACGAAACCAGCAUUCAUCCAUCUCACCGUGAGAUUCUCCGGGGUUUUGCUUCUCUCAUCAUCACCUCUGCGAAACGAUGGAAGCACCGCCUCCCCCUCGCCAGCCUCCUUUGUCGGCUGUGAGCUGCGAUGUGUGGCGGGGCCACCGGCCGAAGGCGACGGCUGCUCGUGGAUGGCCUGCGCAUGCCCCUCGAGCGAGAACUGGGCCUGCACAGUGGGGCGGUUGGUGCUGGAACGAGCUGGGGAGCCCAGAGGGGAUGCGCUGGCUUGGGAAGGGCUGCUCUGUAAUGCUGGCGUCAGAGAUCUGGCAGGCCCGGCGGAUUGAGGCCUCGACAUCAUGACGUCAUGCUGCUG